AUGCUGAAUCGGAUCGCCCUUCUCUCGAUUUUCUUCGUUUGCGGAACGUGUCUAUACAAUGCUGAGUCCGUUAAAUGGCACAGAUACCCAUAUAUAGUCAAAGUUCUCGCUCGCGAAUUAAAAUCGAAAAAUGGGACAACUUGUACUGGAUCAUUGAUUUCCGAAAGCGCCGUUCUCACAAGCGCCAAAUGCUUCCCAAAUCCAGAAAUGGAAUAUGAAGCAAUGGCAAUCAUUGCCGUUCCGGGAUCUAGGAAAGUCAUGAGAAAAGCGAUGCUUGAAUUCCGCAUUGAUGAGGAUAUCGCAGUAAUGAGAAUCGACACAAUUGUGAGCAGAAGAUUUUGCGACAAACCGCCACACCCAUCAAGAAUUUCGCGUCUCAACUUCAAGCCAUCACUCACUGAAGGAUCAUUUCAUCUCGUCGAUCCAAAAGAAUUGGCCAAACUUCGUUGCAGAAUUGUUGGAUUUGAAACCGUUGACAAAGUUGACGAUUUCCACAAAUCCAACAAAGCUCAGGUUCUUGAGCUUGAAUUGCAAUAUGAGGGAAAAUCUGUCAUGUUCUCUGAAAUCUACUCCAACACAACUGGAACUGCUUGCUGGGAUGACAUAGGCGCUCCGUUGGAAUGCGCGUUGAACGAGGAAGAUGUCUGGAUUCAAGUUGGUAUUGUUAAUUCCCUCUACGGACGGAUUGAAGAAACAAAAACGCAGGCUGACGCCACGUGCUCAAAUGUUGAGGCGAUGGAAUUCAUUGUCUUCAACAACGACGCGUUGAUUCGCAGCAUUGACAUUGUUGACAAAAUUGGCGUAUUUUCUGCGGCCCACAAAUGCUUUUAA